AUGAGUUCACAUAAAGUUGUAAUAUUAACAGGAGCUAACUCAGGUUUAGGUUACGAAGCUCUCAGACAAAUGUUAAAACAUCCAACUCCUUAUCAUUUUAUUUUACCAGUUCGUAAUAUCGAUAGUUCUCAACAAUCAAUCUCACAACUAAAAGUUCCUGAUCAUCACAAGAUUGAAUUAUUUCAACUAGAUUUGGAAUCAUUCGAGUCAGUUAAAUCUUUUGCAAGUGAAUUUUUAUUACGUUCACCAGCUUUACCAAUAAAUCGUCUGAUUCUUAACGCUGGAGCAGUUUUUAAAUCUUUGAGAAAAAGUGUCGACGGAUUAGAAUCAACAUUUCAAAUCAACCAUUUAUCUAAUUUUCUAUUAAUAGAUUUAUUAAUUGAUCGUAUGUUAAAUUCAGGAGACGAUGUUAGGAUAGUGUUAGUUAGUAGUUCGUUACACAUAAAAGGUACUGGAGCAGGUGAAGGACCAAAUUUAGAGUAUGACAAUUUGGAUGGGAGUAAAUUUUAUGACGGAUUAUUAUUCUAUAAGAAUUCUAAAUUGUUACAAAUGUUAUUUUGUUAUCAACUUGAUAAAAUCUUGAAAGCGAAGGAAGUGAAAAAUAUUUCUGUUAUUGCACUAUGUCCUGGUUUUGUCCCUACAACUGGAUUAACUAGAGAUUCUGCCUUUUUUAGAAAAUUAGUGUUGCGUUAUAUUUUUCCAUAUCUUCCUUUCACGAGGACUCCUGAACAGGGGGGUAAAGUAAUUGUGUAUGCAGCAACUUCUGAUGAUAUUGUUGGAAAAAGUGCUAUUUAUCUUAAUCAAUUCUGUAAUAUAACCAAAUCAGGUGAAGAAAGCUACGACGAAGAAAAACAAAAACAAUGGUGGAAUAUCAGUUGUGAUUUCACUGGACUUGUUGGAAAGAAAUUGUAA